AUGCGGAACGAGACUUGCAAUUCAAAGGUUCUUUGUUGUGACCUGCCGUUGUCCACUCCUCCUCCUGGUCUCAAACGCUGCAUUCGGGCCUCGGUUAAUGCUGUCUUUAUUUUCGAUAUGCAUCGAGUUCCGCCUCAGCCAGUGUCGAAGCAGCGGAAGUUUCCUCGUAGCAAUUCAAAUGAGGCAUUGCAAUUUGUCUUCGGACAGCCUUGCAAUGGGCCAGUGAGGUGGAUUAACAACUUCCAAUCUAGGCGUGUCGAAACAGAAGCAUUGUGCGAGAAAGACACUUUUGGCAUUUGCUCGACCAUCAGUGAUGCUAUGCUCGCUCUGUCGCAGUGUGGACCUCAACACCCUGUUGUUGCACAGUCAUGUCCAUUUUCACAGACAAAUUGCAUCGCCUCUGAUGUGGUCAACAGUUUGGACGAACUCUAUCGAGUUGGAACAUUCUUUCAAAUAUCCGAGUGGGAUGGUAUGGGUAUGAAGAAUAGCAUGCUCAGUCCAAAUCGUGAAGUGGUUCCUGACAUCGCAGCAGAUGCCAAUGUUGAUUCGGUGUUAGGUGAUGAAAAACCAACUUCGAAAGAGGUAGAAAGGGAUGAGGAUGGGACGUCUGCUCCCAAAGCAGAUGCGUCCUCAUUGCUGUCUGGUGAAGGACACAAGGAUGACGGGAGUGACAAGGAGGCGUUUUCGUCACCCUCCGCUUCAGAUGGUUCUUAUAGGCGAAGGCUGAUAUCUUCUGCCUACGCAUGA